UCCUGUCAUUCAGAUCAACAUGAAGAUCUCUAUCUUUGCUGGUGUUCUGCUGCUCUCUGCUGCUCUCAUGUUUCUGGGACCAGAAAAUACAGAUGCUCAGCCCAAUGCUCAGUUUGCAAAUCAGCAUAUCAAUGAGGAUAUGAUUCCUGCCCACUGUACCAGAGCGAUGAAUGCCAGAGGACUCGCAGUGAACGGCAACGUCUGUAAAGCGGCCAACACAUUCAUCGGAGACCCUUUGGUCAUGGUCAGAGCCAUCUGUGGUAAUGCAGGAGUGCCACAUAAUGGGGGUCUGAGAGCAAGCAAUGUGCCUUUCCAUAUUAUUGUGUGCAAAGUGAAUCCUCAGGGAGCCGUCCCUCCCUGUCAGUACGUCGGUGAAGCUCUAAACAGCAGAAUUAUAAUCAGAUGUGAUGCCGCUGGCAAUCCUAUUCAAUUUCAUGGAUUACUGUAAUCAUUAACCAUCAGAUAAAUCAGAGUAAUCUGUUAAUACCUGAUGAAUCAGAGUAACUUGUGUCUCCUGUUGAAUAAAACACAUGUGACAGUUUAA